AUGACGAGCGCCGCAGAGGGCACCCUUCCUCCGCUCGUGGGCCAUCGGCGCACCAUGGGCGGAAACAGUGCCUUUCACAACUUUUACAACGACUACUCACACAUACCGGAUCCGAAUCUGCGACGUCGGCUCGCCCUCUCGGAGAUUGACAACGUGCCCUUCAGCUUCUAUCAUGUCCGUGCCGUGUUGGUGGCCGGAGUCGGCUUCUUGCUCGACUCGUACGACAUCUUUGCCAUCAACGUCGUCACCACCCUGCUGGGAAUGGUUUUCUAUCAAGAUGACAACGGCGCCCUGCCGAGCUCCAUCAACCAGGCGCUCAAGGCGUCGACCAGCGCCGGCAUCGUCAUCGGCAUGGUCUUCUUUGGCUGGCUGGCCGAUGCUCUUGGCCGCCGACUCAUGUACGGCAUCGACCUCGUCCUCAUCAUCUUUGGCACCUUUUGCUGCACCCUGGUGUCGUCCAGUCCCUCCAUCGAGGCCGCGGGGCUCAUGAUCUUCUGGCGAGUUGUCAUGGGAAUCGGCAUCGGGGGUGACUACCCCCUCUCUGCCGUCAUCACCUCCGAAUUUGCUCCCACCCGCUGGCGCGGGGCCAUGAUCGCCGCCGUCUUCUCCAUGCAGGGCCUCGGCCAGCUCAUGUCGGCCAUCGUCGCCCUCGUCACGGCCGUCGCCUUCAAGGAUUCGUACGUCAACAUUGCGAACCCGGCGAACUGCGACGAGGCCUGCCAGGUGGCGGCCGACAGGUCGUGGCGCAUCAUCGUCGGCUUCGGCGCCAUCCCUGCCUGCCUCGCGCUGUACUACCGCAUCACCAUCCCCGAGACGCCACGCUACACGUUUGACGUGCAGCACGACGUCGAGAAGGCGAACGCCGACAUUCGAGCCUACGUCCACAGCAAGACGACGGUCGAUUACGGAGGCGUCGUGUCCGACACGACGCAGCUCGACGUGCCCCAGGCGUCGUGGCAGGAUGCGACGGCCUACUUUCGCCAGUGGAAGAAUGCGCGGGCGCUCAUAGGCACCACCAUGUCGUGGUUCUUCCUGGACCUCGCCUUUUACGGGCUCGGGCUCAACAGCGUCGUCGUGCUGGAUGCCAUCGGAUACGGCGGCGGAGGCAACGUGUACGAGAAGCUGUACAACCAGGCCGUCGGCAUCAUCAUCCUCACCAGCGCCGGCUCGCUCCCGGGAUACUGGACCUCGAUCGUGAGCAUCGACACGGUCGGGCGCAAGCCGCUCCAGGUCUUUGGCUUCUUGCUCCUCACCAUCAUCUUCUGCAUCCUCGGCUUCCGCUUCAGCAGCCUGAGCGAGGGCGCCAUGCUCGCCCUCUACAUCAUCGGCCAGUUUCUCUUCAACGCGGGGCCCAACACGACGACGUUUGUCGUCCCCGGCGAGUGCUUCCCGACGCGGUACCGGGCCACCUCCCACGGCCUCUCGGCGGCCAUGGGCAAGAUCGGGGCCAUCAUCGCGCAGGUCAUCAGCAUCCCCAUCCUGAGCCAAGGGGCCCCCCACGGCUGCGUCGGAAACGACUGCUCGCCGAACCUCGACAUGCUGCUGAAACUGUUCGCCUUGUUCAUGCUCCUCGGCACCCUCGUCUCGCUGCUCAUCCCGGAGACGCGAGGGGUGACGUUGGAGGAGCUCUCGGGGGAGACGCGGACGAGCUACAACAACGUCGGGUACGCCGGCGGCACGCGCGCCGACGCGUCGGGCCUGCAGGUGCUGAACCCCUUUCAGGGCGGACAGCCGGCCGGCUUCAUGAACGCCCGGUCCCGGUCUUGGAAGUUUGCCGGAAGCCGGCAGUCGACUCGGAUGGGCAUCAUGUCGUCGCCGGAGCUCGUCGAGGACGGGUCGGCGCAUCGGAAGUGGCGCUUCUGGGCGCGGCCGCCGAAGGAUCGGAACAGCAGCGACGAGUCGAACGAGAUGACGCUCAACGGCCGCGGCGGCCUAGGCGACGGCGCCCGCGGCAGCAUGGUGGGCCAACCGACGGAGGACCAGAUGGACCAGCAGGAGCUGCCGACGUGGGGGGCCGGAUGGGGUCGAGUCGAUCGGGGCACGCCGCCGACGACGGAGAACAACAUGCAACUCCUCGACGUCGGGUCGCUGCUUCGGCCCAUCUGA